AUGUCGCAAAGAGAAUACCACAUAGUCGUUCUUGGAUCGGGUGGAGUCGGGAAAAGUUGUCUAACAGCGCAAUUCGUGCAGAACGUUUGGAUAGAAAGCUAUGAUCCCACAAUUGAAGACUCAUACCGGAAGCAAAUCGAGGUGGAUGGCCGCCAUGUCAUCCUGGAGAUUCUCGACACAGCUGGAACAGAACAGUUCAGUAAAGAGCUGUACAUGAAAACCGGACAAGGUUUUCUUCUGGUCUUUGCCAUAACAUCUGCAUCAUCAUUCCACGAACUCGCUGAGUUACGAGAGCAAAUCCGACGUAUCAAAGAAGACGACAACGUUCCCAUGGUACUUGUUGGCAACAAAUCUGAUCUUGAAGAGGACCGAGCAAUUCCACGUCCAAGAGCAUUCGCGACAUCUCGAGAAUGGAACACGCCUUAUUUCGAAACUAGUGCACGAAGGAGAGCCAACGUAGACGAGGCCUUUGUUGAUCUGUGCCGGCAGAUUAUUCGCAAAGAUGCAAAUGAACAGCGACAUGUCCCCCAAGACCCAAGGACCGGUGGAACGCCCAGACGAGGAGGGGGCAGGAAAGGAGACAGGGACCGGCGACAACGACAUCGGCCGAAAUGUACCAUUCUGUGA